CAAAAAUGUUUAAGUCAACCCUUGUUCGUAUAGUUGGCUGACAGCAAUGGCAAGGAAAUGUGAAAUCAGGCGUCACGACGGCGCCGACGCUGAAUGCUGGCGUAGUGUCUUUGGCUGAUCGAACUCAAAGACCGUAAAGUGUAAAAGUUUCACUAUUUUCACCUACGGAAGUUAUCCAUGUUCGAUAUACAAUUUUUCGGGAUUUUUGUCAUUUAGUGUUUCCACAUUAAUAGCAAUGGACAUCUAUGGUCUGAGUUGCUGACCAUGUGGUUACGUUAUCCAUUAAUACACAGUGAAUAAUGUUUGUGGUUGCAUUCCUUUUUUGCCGUCGAUCUACUAUGUUCUUUGGAGACCUCUAGUCUGGCAGUAGGCCAACGUCUAUUGGCCAGGUCAAUGUGACAUCAAAACAGUGGGUCUUGCUUCCUUCGUCAGUGUUGUGAGAGGAGACCGUGGCCUUUCGGUAGGGGACGGAUAAAAUGUAUAUGCUCUGUAUUUGGAUAUCGUGGACUAUUUGCAAGUGCCAAAAGAACACUCGAGCAGUAUUAUGUACGUGUCUAUAGCGGGAAUAUUGGCUCUCUUCAUGCUUACAGAAAAGGCAUCAUCAAAAUAUUGUGAUGGUGGUCAUUUCUGUUCCCCGCCUAAAGAAUGCUGCACCCUGGGUUGUUGCUACAUGUAUGUCCCAGGGUACCGACCACCGGCUGUGCCUCCACCAGCAAACAUCUUCAGUAUCGUUUUCUGGAACCACUGGUACUUCUGGUGCUUGCUGUUGGUUCUCAUCCUCUCAUGUGUGGGCGUGUGUGGUCUUUGGCGUCGUUGGUGCUUUUGUUGCUGGACGAGAGGCAGCUCUAGAGGAGGGUCCUGUGAUGAUGAGGCUGAUGCCAGUUCAGGAGAGUCGGCCAUAUCUUGUUAUCCUCCACCUCAGUAUAGUCGCUGCUCGUCCUUCCGUCAUGCACCACCACCAUACACUGAGGUGACAUCAAAACCUGAUUUGUAUCCAUUGGUCAAUGGCUACAUGGACAGUGGGAAGGGCAGUGCCGGAGGGAAUUACCUCAUGGUCCAGUACUUCCGCAACUACAUAGUCAGGCCCGUUGGUUCACUGUCAGCCACAAGCACCGCAGACUCACUCAGUUCCAGUUUCCUUUGCACAGCAGCCAAUGAGGCCAAUACAAUAAUUCCCCCACCAUACUCUUGGACUGGGUCUGGAAUUGGGAGUGGGAGCUUGGAUGAGUUUCAGACUUCAAAUCCAUCGCCAGCCCCUCCAGUCUUAUUACGUUCUGCGUCAUCAGUCACCAGUUUCAACAAUCAUAACAUCCAUUGCAGCAACUCAACAGAAAAUCUAUCACAUCAGAACAUUUCAUCAUUAACAAUGGUUCAACAGUCACUUCCUUGCAGAUCAGGAAACAUGCAGCAUCAGCAAAGCUUUGUGUCAGCAACAGCGUUAUCGACAACAGGCUCUGACAUAAGCAGCUUGGCUGGAGUGGGCACUCCUGGCUCCCCUCCAAGAGCAACUAGCCCCACUCUAGGGAUGCGAGAGUUGCUCGAUAAGAUUCAGUUGCUGCCUUUCCAACACGAAGAGUGUUCAGAUUAUUGUGUUCCUGCAGUCACUAAUUCUCAGAGUGACAGUAGGACAAAGAGGCAUCCUCAUCGUGGUAGUGGCAAGAACUUAUAUAUGCCAUUAGGUCUUGGAGUGGCUGGCUCACGACCAAAUAAAUGGCUGCCACGAUCUGCACCUGCAACACCUUCUGCACAUUUUGCACCUCCUUUCUUUGUACCACCACCAAGACCAGCUUCUUCAGGCAAUAGAAGGCAACAGUCUUCAGGAGCAACAAAGGAAGACGUGAGCCCACUGCUGGCUGAACAGCAUGCACAGAAUGGUGCAAUGUGAUGUUAUAAUUUUCUGUAUUUGGUUUAUUAUUCAACAAAAAUAUGUAUUUGUUUCUUACACAUGUGCAAGACUCAAAGUUUUUAGAUAAAAUUAAGAAAAGAAGUAUCUCAAUUUGAAAUCAUA